AAGAUAGUAACAUGCUUGUUAACUGAAUCUGGCUUCCUCAUUGACUUUGCUUAUCAGAAGAAAUCUACAUUAAUUGUGAAAUAAUCUACAUUGUUGCAUCCAGUGAUGUUCUUGAUUUUUGUAUAUAUUAUUGAUAUUUAUGCAUCGGAUGCAUGAUCAUGGGUGAUAGGAUGUUAGUAUUGUGAAACACAAGUGAUAAUGUGUAGCUGUCUAAGCUAUUAGCAAUUUCUGAGUAAAGAAUUUUUAUUGGGUUCUCAAAAUGGAUGGUUUUUUAAAAAAUUCUUAUGCCUGGUCUGUUUCUCUUUUAAUAUUUAAGCUUUACAGUGUCUAUCUAAAUCUGACUAUAAGCUUAUUGAUAGUCUUCAAUUUACAACCAAUCGCUUAGUGACCAUUCAGAGACACUUAAUUGCUCAAUUCAAAGUUUCGAUAGUUUCGUUCAUCCCCUUCCCUAGUUGCAUGAUGAUGUUAUGGCUCUUGGCAAGUGGUUCGCAUUUAUGACCAUUUGUAGCAUCCCAUACUCACAUGAUCAUAAUUUAAGGCUUUCUUGCUGGAAACUGAUGUUUACUUUUGGUUUCCAGGAAAAUACAUUCUUUGCGGGCAAUGGAUUCUCUUAACAACCAUGGUAUUUGGUUUAUGAUCGUGACGUUUGCUUAAUAUCCAGUGGUAAAAAAAAAAAGAUAAAAUCAGUUACAGUCACAUGGUGACUCACUUAACGACUGGCACAAGUUACAAACAUAAUUUCAGGUUUAAACAUGGCUCUUAAAUUGAGGAUCAUCUGUUAGCACAAACUGUCUAAGUAUUACACAAGUAACAAAAUGAUAGAUGCCAACAUGACUUAAUACAGUACCCAGGUUUAUUUUAUAUUGUGGUUUCUGGUUUUUUUUUUGUUGCUUGAGGUGGAAUAGAGAAGUAUUAAAAAAACUCAGGAAGUUCUAAUGUUGUAAGAUAGGAGUUGACUACAUACCUCAAGGCCAGAGGUUUGUGUGUACAGAGUUAAUAGAGAAAGAAGGAAAUGCAAAUAUCUGACAGUGUCUAACUGUCUAACUAAUCCAGGUCUAACAAUAACUAUAGCUGCUGUCAUUAAGAGAUGCAGUCACACAAUGUUUUCCCAAAUGAUCACUUCAUUUAGUGAUGGAACUUCCUGUUUUGAUUAAGAUAAUUAAGCAAGGCCUACCUUAAAAAAAAAAGAACGGUUGUUUUUUUAAAAAUAAAUUUUAUUCAAAGUUUUAAAGACAGUGUAAAAUUGACACAAACUAACCAAGCCAAUAAAAAAAGAACCAAAAAAGAGAAAAAAUUCUAUGAGAAAGAAUAGAAAGAAAUAGAAGGAAACUUCUGAUUUCUUCUGCAGCAAAUAUAAGUAUUACAGCAUUAUCUUUUAUUAUGAUUGCAACAAUCCUCAUUUUUUUCUGUUCAUUUUUUCUAACCAUCAAAAUCACACUCAUUUUUUCUUGUUUCAUGAGGUAAGGAAGUUAAUUUAGCUAUCAAGGAAAGUUGCUGCAUAAAUGGUAGUUACUUUUUAGGUUUCUAAAGAAAGAGCUGUUAAUUAUUGCAGCCAAAACUAAUUGAAUUUGAGAUAGAUAAAGAGAUGGAAAAUGGUCUUUGCUUAAUAGGGUCAUCUAUAGCGUGGGAUUCAAAUAGUUCAUUUGACACUGCAAAAGAUGUCACAUAGUUUGAUGGUUUAGGGGCGCCAAAUUGUUCAUGCAUGAGUGAGAGAGGUUGAAGUGUUCUGUUGGGUAAUUUAGAUAGUUUAAUCGAAAUUCAUUUAUGGAAUUAAAUUUUAACAUGCAUAACAGUGACUUAAUAGAGGAAAGUAUUACAGCAUUAAUAAAUCUAUUUCACAGUACCAGUACUAUUAAUAGCUGAAAACUUUUGGGGAAGUUUAUCCCUGCGGUAGAGUUUAUGGUCAUGAAAUUUGACAUAGAACAUUAUUAAUGACUAUAUAUACUAAAUUGUUGCAGUUUAGAAUAAGGCAUCAAUGCAGUUUUUGAAUCUAAAUAAUUUGCUUGUUACUGCCAUUCAGGCAUCAUGCUCUUAGGCUCCUGUCUUCAAAUCUGUGUUGUGGAAGUAUAUAUAGAUAUGGGUUUCUUAGAAACACUUUUGAUUUUUCAAAGGGUUUGCAUUUGGAAAAUAGUUAUAAUUCAAAAGGAUUUUUAUAUUUAUGGAAUGGCUUAAUAAUUGGCAAAUAAUAUUAAAAGGUCUGUAGUAAGAUUUUUCACUAUCUCAUUGGUCAUUACCGUAACAUCUUACCACAAUGGUAUAUUUUAGUAAGAUUAAAUGUUUCCCUUACAUUUGCUAUUUAGAAAAUAAUUUCUUACCUAGAUCAAAUUAUAAUAUUUAAUACUUGGCUUUAGUUUAUCUUUGCAGCUAUUGGAAAGUGAUUGUUUUGAAGUAAUGCCCACAGAAAGUGGAAGCUGUGCCACUGCUCGCCAAGCCAAGCAGAAACGAAAAUCUCAUAGUCUUUCUAUACGAAGAACCAACAGCUCUGAACAAGAGAGAUCAGGAUUGCAGAGAGAGAUGCUGGAAGGCCAGGAUUCAAAGCUACCAUCAUCCAUUAGAAAUACACUUCUGGAACUUUUUGGUCAAAUAGAAAGAGAGUUUGAGAACCUCUACAUUGAGAAUCUUGAAUUACGCAGAGAGAUUGAUACACUUAAUGAACGCUUAGCAGCUGAAGGCCAAGCCAUUGAUGGAGCAGAAUUGAGCAAGGGGCAGCUGAAAACAAAAGCCAGCCAUAGUACCAGUCAGCUGUCUCAGAAAUUAAAGACUACUUACAAGGCAUCAACUAGCAAGAUAGUCUCCAGUUUCAAAACAACAACAUCCAGGGCAAUAUGUCAGCUAGUGAAAGAGUAUAUUGGUCAUCGAGAUGGCAUUUGGGAUGUCAGUGUCACAAAAACGCAACCUGUGGUGCUUGGGACAGCAUCAGCUGAUCAUACUGCUUUGCUGUGGAGCAUAGAGACAGGAAAGUGUCUUGUCAAAUAUGUUGGACAUGCUGGAUCAGUAAAUUCCAUAAAGUUUCAUCCAACAGAACAGGUGUCUCUUACAGCUUCAGGAGAUCAGACAGCUCAUAUUUGGAGAUAUAUGGUGCAGUUGCCCACUCCUCAACCUACCACAGAUUGCAAUCAAAUGUCCGGUGAAGAUGAAGUUGAGUUCUCUGAUAAAGAUGAACCCGAUGGAGAUGGAGAUGGCUCAAGUGAUUGUCCCACCAUCCGAGUUCCUUUGACUUCCCUAAAAAGCCAUCAGGGUGUUGUCAUAGCAGCUGAUUGGCUGGUUGGAGGAAAGCAAGCAGUGACCGCUUCAUGGGACAGGACAGCCAACUUGUAUGAUGUAGAGACAUCUGAACUUGUGCACUCUCUGACAGGACAUGACCAAGAACUUACACACUGUUGCACUCAUCCCACCCAGCGCCUUGUGGUAACUUCAUCGCGUGACACAACCUUCCGUCUAUGGGAUUUCAGAGACCCUUCGAUUCACUCCGUGAAUGUCUUUCAAGGCCAUACAGACACUGUGACCUCAGCUGUUUUCACUGUGGGAGACAAUGUGGUUUCAGGUAGUGAUGAUCGUACUGUGAAAGUUUGGGACUUGAAAAAUAUGAGAUCACCCAUUGCCACUAUUCGCACAGACUCUGCAGUAAAUAGGAUUAAUGUUUGUGUCGGCCAAAAAAUCAUUGCCCUUCCACAUGACAACCGACAGGUUAGAUUAUUUGACAUGUCUGGAGUGCGAUUAGCACGUCUUCCUCGCAGCAACAGACAGGGUCAUAGAAGAAUGGUUUGCUGCUCAGCAUGGAGUGAAGAUCAUCCAAUAUGCAACCUCUUCACUUGUGGAUUUGAUCGUCAGGCUAUUGGAUGGAACAUCAACAUCCCUGCUUUGCUUCAGGAAAAAUGAGAAGUUCUCAUGUUUCCCCAGUUUUAUUGCCACAGACUUUGUGCAGACUUUCCUGUAAGCUGCAGUCAGUAUAAAAGGCGCACUUUGAAAAGGGCGGUGGGUGGAAUUGCAAAUAUUGUUACUGCAUUGUGCACAGUUGCAUGAAAUGUACAUAAAAAAAAUGUGACCUUUUCAAAGAAGUUAGACCAAUGUUUCUGAACUGUGGCAACAUUAAAGUGUAUGAAUUUGAAUUCUCAGAAUUCCCCAGCCAGCAUAGCUAGCCUGGGAAUUCUGGGAAUUGAAGUCCACAUAUUUUAAAGUAGCCAAGGUUAAGAAACAUUGAAUUAGGUUCUUGUGUAUGAACUUUUUUUUAUCUUGAUAUCCACUGGUGUCUAGAAGGACACUUAGCUUUCCUAUGGAGCAUAUAUGUUUGCAGUUUACUCAUUCUAGUUGAACGUUAGGGCAUUAAGUUCAGCUUAAAUAUGAAUUCUGUGUACUUCCCAUGAAAAAUAUAUAGUUCACCUUUCUCCCAUCACAUUACACAUUUGCCCUGUGGAUAAAAGAGAAUAUAAAGUUACUCUUUAAGAUGAAGGAGGGAGCAGAUUGCUACAAUGUGUAGCUGAGCUUUUCUUGCAUCUAUAUAUAGUGUGAUCUGAAGACUCAAAUAUAGUAUUAAUUUCAACUCCUAGUAUAUCUUAGUUACUGAAUUAAAAACAAGGGUCAGGGAAGAAAACUAUAAAUAUCUUUAUAUAACAGAUAUAAAAUGUUGGAUUGCCAUAUUGGGAAUGAAUACUCCUGUACGUUUCAAGACCUAUUUAAAUUAUUACACUCCUGGUCUGAGGAACCACUCUGUCAGAUUCUCACAUAAGGCAAAUGACAAUAUUUUACAAUCAUGCAAAUCUGAAUAAGUUCUUAAAGCACUUUAGUUUAGAUAUAAACCCCAAAUGUCCAGUUACAUUUCCUGAAGAAUGUGAGACUUGUAUCUAAGAAGGAUUUUCCUUACUAGUUUUUUGUGAAUAUUUUAAAGCUGGUGAGUAAAUCUUGUUAUUUUA